AUGUCGGAGAGUGUGCACAAACACUCCGCUUCGGAGGAUGGACAUGUCGUUGAAGAAUCCAGCAAGGUGGAUGUUGGGAAGCAACUCCAUCACCCCAAGAAUUGGUUGAACCUUCGCGUCAUAGUGAAUGCCGUCAUCAUCGGCUUGUCUCUGGGCCUAUAUGGCUACGACAACGUCUUCGUCGGCCCACUGGUAACGCUCCCUUUAUUUGUUCUCAAGUGUCAAGGCCCGGGCGUGGAUGGACUCCCUGUGUUUGACGCUCGAAACUUAACCUUGAUGGUCACGGUGCCUCUAGUGGGUGCAGCAUUGGGCUCUUUCGGAGUAGUUCCAAUCCAAGGUCCUAUUGGGCGCAAAGGUGCAUUCCUCGCCGCAUACGGCUUUCUGUUUGAGAAUGUUGAGCUCACGCGUGGGCAGGUCGGGCAUGGAAUUGUAAAUCAAAUGCUCUUGGUUCAGGCUCAGGAUGGGAUGACUAACAUACUAGAAGAUUUCGGGAUCAGUAUACUGACCAACGUUGCCCCAAUUUGGCUGUCUGAACUGAUGCCUGCACAUGUUCGCGGUCGCUCUGUCGGAUUUGCGGUAGCUGGGAUCGGAAUUGUUGGUGUUAUGGCUGCCGUCAUCGUCUGGGGCACGGAGCAAAUCUCAGACGAGAGACAGUAUCAAAUUCCACUGGCCAUUCAGGCAGGAGUACCCUGUGUUCUCUGCCUACUGACACUGCUCGCUUCCGAAUCCCCAGUGUGGCUGCUUUCAAAAGACCGAAACGAGCUGGCAAGGAAGAACAUGUUGUCUCUCCGAAAUCACAAUGUUCAAGUCACUGACGCCGAGCUCGCGCUUCAGUCCAUCGCUCUCAAGCAAAAAGAUGAAGCACGUGCCACGACGCGAUGGAUGGACAUCUUGAACAAGCAUAACUUCGAACGCACGCUUAUGAGCGGCUACCCCACUAGUGCUGGUCAGGCGAGCGGAGCAGCCCUGGUUGGCACAUACGGAACCGUUCUUUUGGUCGAGGCCGGCAUUACGAAUGCCUACGAAGUUACGAUCAUUGUCACGGUCGUGCAGUUUGUAGGCUCUUGUGUGGCUCCGUAUCUCUAUGAUCGGCUUGGCCGCCGACCUGUUGCACUGAGCGUUUACGCACUGAUAACGAUUCUCUCCGCCGUUCUUGGAGGACUUGCAUAUACCGAUCUCCUUGAAACCUCACAACGGAACGCUUUUGCUGCACUGACGAUCAUUCUUGCGUUCGUCAACGCCAUCACCAGCGCGCUGGGGUUCCUCGUAGCGACGGAGGUUCCCACAGCAUCGCUGCGAGAGCCCACCAUGACCUGGGCCACCUUUUGGGGCUAUGUGACCUCUGUCUGCACGACAUUCAUCAUUCCACAAAUCAUCAGCGCCGGCGCUGGAGACCUCGGUCCCAAGGCUUACUUGAUAUUCAUGGGCACCACUAUCGUCAUCGAAGGUAUCCUGUACUUCUUCCUACCGGAACGGCGAACCGGACAUUGGCUGAGAUCGACGAGCUAUACGAAACGAAACUUCCGAAGAGGAAGUGGUCGGGCUAUGAAUGCGAUGUCGUGAAUUAUGAAGCGGCGAGGCAGAGUGAAGACGUUGAGCAUGGAGCUUGAGUUAGGGGAUUGUCUUAUCUCUUGAAGAGGACGUAAAAUGAUUCAAUCGAUCUGAGCAUAUUCUCAUUUCACUCCUCAUCUCGGAAGCGGACGUGAGACUAUGCAUGCGCUCGCCUCAAAGCUUCUUCAUAGUCCUAUGAGUCAUCAAGAACCAAGACGGAGGAGCGUUCUGCAGGUGGAAGGGCUCGUGCAAUCGGGUAUGAAUGGAUAUUCACAGACGAGUAAUGUGAAACAGACCCUGCUCAUUUCAAAACCAAACCAAAUUAGUAAUGUCCUAUAUUCUGAUGAAAUGUAUGUGUCAAACACAAGACUGCUGCGCUCAUGCAGUGCGUCCAUGCUAGAAAUACAGCGGCGCACAUCACUUACCUAUUUAGUACAUCCAUCCUCAAUUAGAUAAUUUGCAAGUGCUUCUUACGUAGGCACUAGAGGCCGAGAAGGGAAGCCAACGCGCCUUGGAACUGGACGUCCUCCUCCACGCGCAUGUCCAUGGACAUGGACAUUCCGGGUUGUAUGCACCAGCCGCUCUCUCUACUUGUACCCGCAUUCAGAGGCAUGCUAUGGUGGCUUUGAGCAUGCAUGUGUUCUCGUGGAUGCUGGGAGAACGCCAUUCCGCUUAGGCCUCCCAGAGCUCCCAGCCCGUUCAGCUCAACUCCAAGGGGCAUGCCCUGCAGUAAUAGCGGCAUUUGUGUCUGAAUAUGCGACUGAGGGUGAAGGGCAUUCCAACGGUUGAGUAUGGAGUCAUGCCACGACGUAGAAGGUGCGUCAAGUGUGACACUGACGGGCGGAGAAAAGUUCGACAGUUGCGGAGGCGCGGGAAGUUGGGAGGGCAAGUGCACGUUACGCACAGGAACGGCUGGCGUUGCUUGAAAAGAUGUAACGAUAGGCGAUGGAGCAAGCGACUGAUGUUGUUGCGCCUGCGCCGGCGCCUGGGGAUGUGUGACAGGUGAAACAAGAUCGACCUGCUCAAGUGUCGACGUAGCUUCUGUUGAUGCUGCGGUUGGCGCGGUGGCUACACUGGUUGCCGUCAUAUCAUAUGUGUCUUGUUGCUGUUGCUGAUGGUCUUCAGGAAAAUAACUGAAGCUUGAACUUCCCACUGGCGAUUCCUCCCCAGGUCGAACGGAUAUUUCAGAAUUAUCAUCGUUGGCGUGUGGGAGUGGCAGAGGUUGGAUGCCAAGCGGCACAUCCCCGAAGAAUUUGGCAAGACAGCCAUUUAACAUCGGAAGAUAGUUUCUUUCCAUAUCAUUAUCCGCAACAGCCACAAUCAAAUCCCGGAGCACCGAGUCGAACAUGCCAGACCCCGAUUCACCAAUUUGGUUUGAGAGGUUCCAUAUGGUCCUUGUGAUGGCGGUGACUUUCCCCAAGCCAACAAUCCGCAGCUGACCCGGAGGAAGCUGGCCGACCGACUCAAGGACGUUGGCGCCCAUUUGCUGUAGGAUCAUCGCUAGGCCGGUUAUUGCGAGCGGAUUCGUCUGGCAGCUGUCGAACAGGGAUGGAAGGCGUGAGGCGAGCAUCCACUGCCGAGUGAUGGCGACAUCCGCGUUCUGCGUUGGAUACACAGGGCCACGACCAUCGCGAUCGCGAAAAAAGAUGCUGGGAAUGAGGUUGCUCGAACCUGUGCCUGAAGGCCAGGCUGCGGGGGAUGCACCGAUGGCGAUGAUUUCGUUGACGUCCGUCGCUGCGUGCAGCUGAGUCAUCAGCACGAGAAGGUCCACAGCCUCGCGGUCGAGGCGCUCCAUGUCCUCUUUCUCCAUGAUUCCUGGGCGCAGAAGGUCCGGGAGCUGGUGGCUUUCACAACUAUUGACAGGGAGUCGUAGCGCCUCGGCCGAAUGAACGAUAUUCGCUGGGCGACGAGCGAGCCGUCGUUUAUUAGCACCACCGUAGAUGCUCACGCUAGCGUUCUCCGUCACGAAGACCACAUAUUCGAUACGGAUGCGCCGGAUGCGCUCUGCCUCUGCCUCAUGUUUUGCCAUCCUGCCAAGGUCGGGCUUGCUGGGCUCCACGUUAUCGAGCAAAUCGAUAGCUUCCGUUAGGUAAUGGAAAGCGUGCUUAUGC